GAGAAGGCGCUGACUGUCCGCUGCGAGCGGGACUUGGGUCCCAUUGUCCUUAUCCGCCUGCACAAGUGGCGACUCUUCUUGGAGGACGCUUGGUUCUGCAAGGAUGUCCGCGUGACAGCCCCCGACGGCACCCUCUACCGCUUCCCCUGCUACCAGUGGUUGGAGGGGAUCACCACGGUGGAGGUCCGGGAGGGCUCAGGGAAAAAGCUGGUGGAUGAUGAGCUGGAGAUCCUCAAGGAACAUCGGUUGCGGGAGCUGAAGCUGCGGCAGGAGGCUUACCAGUGGAAGACCUUCGCCGAAGGCUGGCCCCGUUGCCUCAACGUGGGCUCUGUCCUCGAGCUGGACUCCAACGUUAAAUUCUCCUUCGUGAGGGCCACCAACUUCAACGGUGUCCUCAUCUUCCAAGGGUUCCUGUUGAGACGCACCUCCUGGAAGAGCCUGGAUGAGAUGCGCAGCAUCUUCUCCCGGACGAAGGUCCCCGAGUACGUGGCCAAGCACUGGCAAGAAGAUGACUUCUUCGGUUACCAGUUCCUCAACGGCAACAACCCCAUCGUUAUCCAGCAAUGCACGGCGCUACCGGCCAAAUUCCCGGUGACACCAGAGAUGGUGGCUGGUUUUUUGGGUGAUGGUGCCAACCUAAGCAAGGAGUUGCAAGAAGGUCGGAUCUUCAUCGUGGACUACGAGAUCCUGGAGGACAUCCCCGCCGGCACCAUCCAUGGACGCCAGCAGCACGUGGCGGCUCCACUUUGCCUUCUGCACCAGGGCGCCGAUGGGCUCCUACGCCCCAUCGCCAUCCAGCUCAACCAAACACCGGGAGCCACCAAUCCCAUCUUCUUACCAAACGAUGCCGAGUGGGAUUGGUUGUUGGCCAAGACAUGGGUGCGCAACGCCGACUUCUACAACCACCAACUUCUCACCCACCUUUUGAGGACCCAUCUUUUCGCGGAGGUCUUCGCCAUCGCUACCCUACGUCAGCUACCCACCUGUCACCCCCUCUUCAAGCUCCUCAUCCCUCACUUCCACUUCACAUUGCACAUCAACACCUUGGCCCGCAGCGUCCUCAUCAACCCCGGCGGGGUCAUCGAUAAGGGCUCGGGGGUGACCUAUGAGGGGAUGCUGUUGCUCGUCCAACGGGGCUUGGCGAAGGUCACCUACUCCUCCCUCUGCCUCCCCGAUGACAUCACGCACCGUGGGAUGACCCGCAUCCCCAACUACUACUACCGGGAUGAUGGGAUGAAGCUCUGGGAAGCCAUCGAGAGCUUUGUCUCCGGCAUCGUGGCGUUCUACUACAAGGAGGACGCGGCGGUGAACGGGGACACUGAGCUGCAGGCCUGGGUGAUGGACAUCUUCACCAACGGCUUCUUGGGCAGGACCUCCUCAGGUAUCCCCUCCUCGCUACAGACGAUGGCGGAGCUCACCAAGUUCCUCACCAUGGUGAUGUUCACCUGCUCGGCACAGCACGCGGCCGUCAACAACGGACAGUAUGACCUGGGUGCCUUCAUGCCCAACGCGCCGUCCUCCAUGCGUCACCCACCGCCGGCGGCCAAGGGCAAGGCCUUCCUCCAGCACUUCCUCGACACUCUCCCCGAGGUGGACACCACUGCCAACAUCUUGGUGGCCCUCAUCCUCCUCAGCUCCCGCCUCAAAGACAUGAGGCUUCUGGGACAGUACCCGGAGGAAUGGUUCACCGAGGCGGAACCCCGGCGCUUGAUCCGGACCUUCCAGGGGCGGCUGGAGGGGAUCCAGGAUGACAUUGAGGACCGAAACUACCGGGCCCAGCUGCGCUACGGGUACCUGAACCCGCUGGAGAUCGAGAACAGCAUCUCCAUCUGA